GUUUUUAUCAAAAUAAAUAAUAAUAAAAAAAACACACACACAUAACAACAACAAUAGGGCUCCAAAAGCGGGGCUACUUCAGGCACAUCUUUUUUUAUUUAAACAACCAAUGUGGAAGUUAAUUUAUAAAACUCCUUCUCGUUCUUUUUCUACAUCUUGUGUUAAAAGAGCCAUCUUUGAUGCUCGUUCACCUCUCAAGGUAUUGCAACCUCUUCAAGCCUAUGCACCCACCUUUUAUACGCGAGGAGAAAAUAUCACCCCUCUUUACGAACCAUGCCAAUUCUAUGCACAAUUAAAGUCAAAUAUUCUUCAAGCAAAAGAACGCGUAUUUAUCGCUGCACUCUACAUUGGACAGAGUGAACAGGACCUAGUAGACACGAUUCGGACAGCAUUGGAACGAACACCCACUUUACAAGUCCAUGUCUUGAUUGACUGUCUUCGAGGUACAAGAGCUUCCAAGGGACAGAGUUCUGCUACUUUACUCUUACCCUUGAUAAAGGACUUUCCUAAUCAAAUGAAAGUUUCCAUGUAUCAUACACCUGAUUUGACAGGCCUGCUGAAAAAAACACUACCUGCACGAUUUAAUGAAAGUAUUGGCUUAAUGCAUCUCAAAGUAUAUGGGUUCGACAACAAAGUCAUGUUAAGCGGCGCUAAUCUUAGUACGGAUUAUUUCACCAACCGUCAAGAUCGAUACAUCUUAUUUGAUAAGCAACCUGAACUAAGCUCCUACUACCACAACCUACUAAAGCUGAUUUCGAAUUGUUCCUAUCAAUUGACAUCGGGAAAGGAAACAUAUAACCUGACUAUGCGAAAGGAGAUGGCUGAUCCAGUCAAGGAAAGUAAACGAUACAAACGUCAAGUCCAUGCCUACCUGCAAGAGUUUAUCCGCACACAACCCAGUCUAAAAUGUGAAGAGGAGCAUGAUACAGCCGUCUUACCUGUGAUUCAAAUGGGACCCUUUGGUAUCCGACAAGAUGAGAAAUUCACACUCGAAUUACUCACGAUUGCCCAUGCACAGAGGAAUUGGACGAUCGACCUCACAUCGGGUUACUUUAAUUUUACAGACAAGUAUAAGUCGUUUAUUUUAAAAACAAGAGCCAAAUUUCAGUUCUUGACAGCAUCCCCUGAAGCCAAUGGUUUCUUUAAUUCAAAGGGGGUUUCAAGGUUCUUGCCUCCUGCCUAUACCUACAUUGAAAGAAAGUUUUAUAGACAAGUGAAAAAAAUAGGAAGGUCGCAUGAUAUCUCGAUUGAAGAGUAUAAGAGACCUGGUUGGACCUAUCAUGCAAAAGGUCUUUGGGUUAAAUUCAAUGAUGAUUUACCUUAUCUUACCAUGAUUGGUUCGCCCAAUUUCGGUCAAAGAUCCAGUGAGCGAGAUUUAGAAGCACAGGCUGUUGUCAUGACAGAAAAUAAAGCACUUCGAAAUGCAUUACACAAGGAAGUGGACAUGUUACACAAAUACUCUGAACUGGUUUCCAAUGAAACCUUUGCUAAAUUAGAUAGACAAGUACCCAAUGGCGUAAAAAUUGCAACCGCUUUUGUAAAGACAAUGUUAUAAAUAAAUAAAAUAAAACGUGGCUUUUCACACGUGUCGUCCCGAUUAUAUCAAAG